AUGCAGUCUUCUCUUUUGGCGGGAGCCGAGAUUCCCAAAUCAUGCCGAUCCGUGAGUGGUGCUGCACGGGCUUGCGUUAUGGCUCCUACCAAGACUGAGUCUGCGUCGAGUACCGUCCCGAGCGGUCAGCUCAAGUCUCGCGCGCCUGCCGUCCCUGUACUCCUGGUGUUCGCGCUUCUUCUCGGCUUCGAUCUCCAGUCCAAUCUGGAUAAGACGCGCUUCGUAACGCAAGAAACGCUCGCCGUCUUCGCGGCGAAGGGGGCAGCAGCGAACACUGUAGAUCGUCAGAGCCACGCAGGCUCUGAAGAACAUGUUAUACGACUUGUCCCACUCCCACUUGUGGGAACAAACACCCCACAGAGUAUUGAAUCUCCCAAAGAGUUUUCAACUAUCACCCCGUCGUGGGCAAUGUUGUCGUUGUUUUGCAGCUCGUCCAACAUUAGAGGCUGUCCCAACGGACGCUAUUUUCUUCCUCUUGUGUGCGCUGGGUGCGGUUUCUGGAGCGUGUCAUCUCGUUUGGAGUAG